AUGGAGAAAGAUAUGAGUGGUAAGAGGAAAAGAGUAGAACAAGAGAAUAGGAGUUCACAACUCAACGAGUCUUCUGCAUCAUCAUCACUUGAGGAAGUUGUUUUACCUUUUGCGAAGACGAUGCGCUAUUGGAAAGAGUUCGAGUCGAUGGAGGCUUUUAGAAUUACACCACAAGGUCCUCACUUCCUUCCAUUGCUUAAGGCGUACGACAACAGUCUUGUGUUUAUUCGUGAAUCGAUUGCGGUAGGUUUCAUGAAGGGUUAUUCCGAAUAUUGGAACAGUGAAACUCCCGUAAGCAAGUUAAUGCUCUACAAAGAGGCAAUUGUCGUGCUAGAGGAGUACGGGUUCCGUGUUGGAGAGCUUUUAACAAAGAUCGACGAGGUGUUAUCUGUCAAAGAUGGACAAGGAAACAUAUCGGAGGAACCCGAGAAGAAGAUGACAGAUGAAUCUACCAAAGAGCCAAAGCGAAACAAGAGUUCCAACACAACUUUGUCCAGGUGCAACACAACAUUGUUGAGGUGCAAAAGGUAA